AUGAUACAAGAAGCUGCUAAUAAACUAGGAUUCUGGAAUCCGUUCGGUCGAUCAUAUAAAAUCCCGAACAAUGAUCAAUAUGUUGCUGAACCACCUUCACCAGCUGAUUCAGAUGAUGAUGACAAUAACAUGGAGGCUUCCAACUAUGACAGACCAAAUGAAAACAUGGAUGAAUUACCUGAACAAAAACCAAAACCUGUACCAUUCGGUCACAUAUUCAGAGAUGGUAUUGAUGACCCAGGUUUCGGGUAUAAAGUACCCUACGAUAUGCUCGAGUUAGAUAUGAGAUUUCCUCUAACCAAACAAGAACAAGAAAGAGAAAUACGAGAACGUCCCAAAAAUAAACUUGUAAAAAUUCUGAAAUCGAAUAAAAACUUUUUAAGUCCACGUGAUGCAUACAUGGAUGAGUUUUUGAAAAAAGAAGACAAUCAAGUGAAUACUAAAAACGCUACAGUUGAGGACGACCAACCAAAGUGGUUUAACUUUGAGAAAAUACAAAACCAAAAUGCUAAAGCUGUUGUUCUACCAGACAUUCACCCUAAAAUGAGAACUGAUAAUAUUGAAACUAAAAAAAGUGACAUCAGCAUAAGCGAGAAAAUAUCUCACUUUUCUAGAAACACUUUUGAGUUACCAGAAAUUACUAAAGCGGGAAUGCCCAACUGGACAACUUGUGAAGAGUUUGAAAAAACUCUUAGAUCGGACAACGUUGUUUAUCCCAAAGAUAUAGUCGAUAUAGAGUGGGAGCCGUUUUAUGUUUGGUCUCUGAGAAAAAAUAUUGUAGCACAUGUCCAUCGAUUCUCAUAUCCUACAAAAAAGAUCGUGCGGGAGUAUAGAGGAUUGUAUGAAAAGUUUUUACCAAAAUAUAUAGAUUGGGAGGAACCUAAAUUGAUAUUACAAGAACAAAUGGAGAUGCUCUUGAUAGCUGGAGAUAGAAAAGGUCUUUUUUAUGGAAUACCGAGGCAAGAGUUACCGCUUUCGAUGAGACAUAAAAAAAUUACUCUUACGCCUAUAAUACUACGACUGAAAAUUGAAGAUCCUUAUCUGGCGUUGAUGUUCUGUAACGAUCUCUAUGCUAUCAUUAUGGCAUCCAAGGAAAAUCUACCUAUGACCGUUAAAGAGAAGACCGAAGAAGCUGCACUCCUUAAAUUUAAAGGGGAAGGUUAUCCGAUAUCCAGAAACAAACAUAAAGAAAAGUUAAAAUUAAAAGCUAUAGAGGAACAAAAGCAAAAUGCAGAAGCGAGAAAGUUUAUAAAGGCACUGCCAGGUUACCCUGGUAUAGAUGAUAUACUCAGUGAACCUGGUGUAUUUCUCACAAUGCUACAAAGUGUUGCCAAAUAUAUUGUUUUUUUGGUUAUAAUAUUUGUUUUGAUCACACGAGUUUCUGGAGGCUCCGGACAGUUCCCUGACGGAUUGAGGAAUGCGACAACAUGUGCCGAGUUCAGCACGAAAAAAUCACCAAAGAUUGCACCCAUGGACGUUAGAUUCAAGCAGAUUAAUAAUGGCAAAUACAUUGCUUAUAUGGAGUGUCAGCGAGAAACGGUCUUUCUUAUGUCUAGAAAAGAAGAUAUACCUUCCAAGAAACAUAUUCAAGACGAAGCAGCUCGAGCAGGGUUCCGGAGCAGAGGAGGCAAAUCUUAUCUGUAUCAGGGUCAUCAGUGGAUGCCCAUCCCGGAAGACGAUGAGGAGAGUUUUUGGAUGACACCAGAAGAACGAAAGAAAGAGAUAGAUAGACUAGAAAUGAUGCGCAAGUACGCUAGACCGAAGAAACAAUGA